AUACAAGUCCUAGAGAGAGCUCUCGAUGUAGGCGUAAUAUAACUUGGAGGUAAAAAUGUGUAAGGGUGAAAGAGUAAAUGGUACCGGUAUUAAUUCCAUCAUUCUCAUAAUAGAUACUCCGUUUGACCCAAUCCAUCUGCUGGGACAAGCCGUAUCCAAUGUCAUCUGCUCUGUGGUCUUUGGAGAGAGAUUUGACUACGAAGAUGAGAAUUUCAAAAGCCUUCUAUCAAAUAUUAGAGAAAUCUUUAGACUGAUGAAUUCGAGGGCCGGACAGAUCCUUCAAAUAUUCCCAAAUGUGCUCAGACACAUCCCUGGUCCACACCAGGGAUUCUUUGCCAAUUUUGACAAACUACGACAGUUUGUGAAGGACAUGGUGCAAUCUCAUCGAGAGACGCUGCACACAAAUUGCCCACGUGACUUCAUAGACAGCUUCCUGAUAAGGAGGGAGGAGGAAAAAAAUAAUUGCAAUACAGAAUUUCAUGAGGAUAAUUUAUUGGGAACAAUAAGAGAUUUGUUCUUUGCUGGGACAGAGACUUCAAGCGUGACACUGCGAUAUGGAUUCCUAAUUCUUCUCAAGUAUCCAGAGAUACAAAAGAAGAUCCACCGGGAGAUUGACGAUAUAAUAGGUCAAGAUCGAUGCCCAUCAGUGGAAGACAGGAGUAAGAUGCCGUAUACUGAUGCUGUAAUACAUGAAAUUCAACGAUUUGCUGACAUUAUCCCUCUUGUGCUGGCCCAUGCAACCACCAAAGACAUAACCUUCAAGGGAUACGAUAUUCAGAAGGUCUUCAAUAUCAAAUUGUUUUCAUUAAAAAAUCAUGUCUGA